GAAAACAAUGCGACCAGGGCAGUAAACAAAAACAUGUGGUAGCACUAAUCGUAUGGAGGAAAAUAAAGUGUCUUUACAAAAAAGCUUAAAAUGGGUAAAAAAGUUCAACUCAAGCGACUUCAGGCACAGCGUUCAGCCCAGCUUAAAAGGUGCAUAAAACCAACCGACAAUCGCCUGAAGCAAACAGAUCGAGAUGUCCGGAAGAAAAAAUCCAAAUCAAACGGUGAAUUGAAAGUGAUGGAAAAACCUCAAGUCAGUUCGGCCAUGUUCUUCCAGUACAACACCCAGCUGGGACCACCGUAUCACAUUUUGGUUGAUACUAAUUUCAUCAACUUUAGCAUAAAAAAUAAGCUAGAUAUAGUGAAAACAAUGAUGGAUUGUCUGUACGCCAAAUGCAUCCCGUACGUAACGGAUUGUGUCGUCGGUGAGUUGGAGAAACUUGGAGCCAAGUACAAGCUAGCAUUGCGAAUUAUCAAGGACUCGCGGUUUGAACGGAUCAACUGUAUGCAUCGAGGAACGUACGCCGAUGACUGUUUGGUGCAAAGAGUCAGCCAGCACAAGUGCUACAUUGUAGCCACAAACGAUAAGGACUUGAAACGGCGAAUCCGGAAAAUCCCUGGUGUUCCUAUUAUGAAUGUGGCACUCAAUCGAUAUGUCAUAGAACGAAUGCCGGACGCAUUUGAACCCAUGGCUAAGAAGUGAUGAAAUAGAUUUGAUUUUGCUUAACUUCUUAA